CACGGUGGAAACUAAGCCUAUGUGUGCAUUUCCCUACUCAUCUCUGGCACGUGUAUCGAACGUACAUAGAGAAAUAGGUAUAGAUUAUUGUGAAAAAUAUACAUAUUUAUUAAAAAUGGGUAAGGCAAAGAAACUUAAAGCAUCCAAAGGUGAGACAAAUGUACCCAAAAUUGGUUUAGCUGAUCAAAUGGAAGAUGAUAAGUUGGCUAAGAUGAAAAAUCGAAAAAAAAUUCGAGUUCGUAAGGAUGAGGACGAACAGUUCGUAGACCCAAGUCUGUCACAGAGGAUUCUGUUUCAAGCGCGACGACAGCAACAAGAAAUAGAAGAGGAAAAUGGCUUUGGUGAAUCGUCAAAGUCUGUUAAGAAACCUAUUGCCAAACUAGGUCCUGACGACAGUGACGAUGACCAACAAUCUAGUGAAGAUGAAAUGUCUGGAGACAAUUACUACGAGAAUAUUGAAAUUGAUGAAGAGGAUGAACGUGCAUUAGAAAUGUUUAUGAGCAGAGAUAAUGCACCAACAAGAACUCUGGCUGAUAUUAUAAUGGAGAAACUAACUGAAAAGAAAACAGAGAUUCAAACACAAUUCUCUGAUGUUGGUUCUUUACAGAUGCAGGAUUUGGAUCCUAGAGUAAAAAAUAUGUAUGAAGGUGUAAGAGACGUUUUGGCAAAGUACCGUAGUGGUAAACUGCCAAAAGCAUUCAAAAUUAUACCAAGUUUAAAAAAUUGGGAGCAAAUUUUGUAUAUAACAGAUCCUCCCAAAUGGUCUGCAGCAGCAAUGUAUCAAGCUACUCGAAUAUUUGCUUCAAAUUUAAAGGAGAAAAUGGCACAGAGAUUUUAUAAUUUAGUUCUCUUGCCGCGAAUAAGGGAUGAUUUAGCAGAGUACAAAAGGCUCAAUUUCCAUCUGUAUCAAGCUGUUAGAAAAGCUCUGUUUAAACCUGGUGGUUUUAUGAAAGGUUUUCUCUUGCCUCUUCUAGAAUCUGGAACAUGUACAUUGAGAGAAGCAAUAAUAAUUGGCUCGGUCGUAGCGAGAAAUUCUAUACCAAUUUUACACUCAUCAGCAGCAAUAUUAAAAAUUGCUGAGAUGGAAUACACUGGAGCUAACAGUAUCUUCCUACGUAUAUUCCUGGACAAAAAAUACGCCUUACCCUAUCGCGUGGUGGAUGGUGUAGUUUUCCACUUCUUGAGAUUUGAAAGGGAUUCCAGAAAACUACCUGUGCUUUGGCAUCAAUCUCUCCUAACCUUCGUACAAAGAUAUAAAGGCGAUAUUAGCUCAGAACAAAAGGAAGCUCUUCUUAAUUUACUGAGGAGACAAUCUCAUCACUCAAUAACUCCAGAAAUUCGAAGAGAGUUAGAACAUGCCAAGUGUAGAGAUGUAGAGGUGACAGCACCCCAACCAGAACCGAUGACCACCUAGUAACUGAUGCUUCUCCCAGUGGAACUAUUUCUUAUUGAUAAUGAACUGAAUCACAUUGAAGCAACAUUUGUAUAUAUACAACAAAAGGUGUAAGUUGUUAAUUUCUAAAUAAACCACAAAAUCUUAUUCUGUAAAA